CGCCACCAACUGGUACUAAACUAUUGGGGACUGAGGUUAUUGCUCUGUCGGUUUGUUGCCCUUGGUUUACUGUUGACUCUCUGAAUCUGUGUAAAUACACAUCUCACCAAGAUGAAACUGUGGCUAGUUGGUGCUUGUGUGCUGUUCCUUUCUCUCCCAGCCGCUUUGGGUUUGAAGUGCUAUUAUUGUACCUCGACUACGUCAUGGGACGAUUGUGAAACGAGAAGUGUAGAUUGCCUGGCUGGUCAGGAUAGAUGCGCCAAGGUGUACUUGAAAUACGGCUCGGCCGAGGUGUUCGCCAAAUAUUGCACUGCCAGUGCUGGAUGUUCCCAAGACGGCAACCCUACCUGCAAAGGUCAAAUUGGCUCGUUUAAAUGUGACAUCAACUGUUGUGAUGGUAACAACUGCAACGCUGGCUCGACCUCUGGUAUCAGUGGUAUCCUGUUGAUGACAUGCGCCCUGGCAUCUCUGAUGAUUCUCGUUAAAGCUUGACAUUGGAGUCAGUUCACAGCAGAGUUGCAACUUAGUUUUUUAAAGUUUAAAGUUUCAUAAACAAAAAUAGAUGUAGUGAAAGAAAAUAACGACAGAAUGACCGUCUUAACUAGAUGCAGCAUUUGUAAGCUAUAAGAAUAUAGAUGCAGCUCACAAAUACAACACUUUUACAUUA